AUGGAGCUGAGCGAACAUGACAUCGUGUACAAGAAUCGCACAGCAGCAAAGUCACAGGUCCUUGCCGACUUCUUGAUCGAGUUAACACCAGAGUUGGAGCAAGACCUCAUCCUACCAAGUGUAAACUGGAUCCUACACGUCGAUGGUUCAUCAACGAGUAAAGGGUCGGGAUCAGGAGUGCAACUGCAAUCACCAAUAGGAGAACUCAUCCGGCAGUCAUUCAGUUUUACUUUUGCGGCGUCAAACAACGAAGCUGAGUACGAAUCCCUCAUCGCAGGGCUCCGUCUCGCCAAGGCAGUGAAAGCCAAAAGAAUCAGCGCUUACUGCGACUCUCAACUUGUCGUAAGCCAGUACCUCGGCGAUUACGAUGUCCCUCGCGGAGAAAAUGUCUGUGCCGACGCCCUCGCUGCUCUAGGAAGCAAGCUACACGAUCAAGUCAAGAGAACAAUCCCAAUCCAUAAAAUCGAGAAACCAAGCAUCGACACGAAGGCAGAGCAGACUGCGAUUGCAGCAGCGAUUAGCGAAGCGAUGGACAUCGACGAAGCAGAACCUCCUUCACAAGAUGAUCAGCCAACAGAUUGGCGCAAGGAACUCAUAUAUUACCUCGCUGACGGUUUACUGCCCACCGAGAAAUGGGACGCGCGGCGACUGAAGCGACGUAGCGCACACUAUGUUGUCAUGGACGGGGAACUACACCGAUGGACCGCGACGAAGGUGCUACUCAAAUGUAUCUCCGGCAAAGAAACGAGACUAGUCAUGACCGAAACACAUGAAGGAGCAGCAGGCAAUCACUCGGGCGGACAAGCUCUCGCAUUAAAAGUAAAGAAUCUCGGAUUCUACUGGCCAACCAUGAACGCCGACUGCGAGACAUACGUGCGCAAGUGCGACAAAUGCCAGCGUCACGCUUCCACCAUACACAGCCCAACGGAGUUCCUUCAUACCCUAACUGCUCCAUACCCAUUCAUGCGAUGGGGAAUGGACAUCAUCGGUCCGAUGCCGGUAUCUCGCCAAAAGAAGUUCAUCCUGGUCCUCACAGAUUACUUCACCAAGUGGGUUGAAGCCGAAGCCUAUGCCAGCAUCACCGACAAGGAUGUGCAAAUCUUCGUCUGGAAGAACAUAAUCUGCCGACACGGGCUCCCAUACGAGAUCAUCACAGACAACGGUUCACAAUUCAUCUCGCAUCAUUUCAAGGGAUUCUGCGACAGGUGGCGAAUUCGACUCAACAUGUCGACCCCGAGAAACCCGCAAAGUAACGGCCAAGCCGAGUCGACGAACAAGACCAUCAUCGACGGUCUGAAGAAACGACUCGACUUAAAGAAAGGUUGCUGGGCAGAUGAACUAGACGGUGUCCUGUGGUCCCACAGAACAAUUCCUCGCGGAGCGACGAAGGCUACACCCUUCUCGAUGGCCUACGGCGUCGAGGCAAUGGCUCCCGCAGAAGUGAAUGUGACGAGUUUGCGCCGAUCGCGAAUGCCACAAAACGUCGAACUCAAUCGCGACAUGCUGCUCGACGCACUCGACGACAUCGAGGAAAAGCACGACCAAGCACUACUCCGUAUCCAGAAUUACCAGCAUCAAAUCGAGAGCUACUACAACAAAAAGGCCCCGGCUUCUCGAACAAGUGUAUUGGUACUCUCAUCCCACGUUGGAUAUGUCCUGAUCAGACACGUAUUCACGGGAGUCGACCGUGUUGGGAUUUAA